GAAUUAUCAUCACAGUUCGAACGAUCUUGGAUUAGUGGAGUCAGAGCAGAAGCAGCCAUGAAGACCUUUGUAGUGUUUUUGAGUGUUGUGGCAUUCGUGACCUGUGGUCCCGUGAAGUCUGAAGAUUCAGUGUUACGUACAGUCCUUGGAAAUAUCGUCAACUGUAACAGUGAUUUGGGUCUGUGCAUGAAGGAAAAUGCACUGAAAGCCGGUGAGAGACUCGGCGCUGCCCGCAAGCUUAAGAUCUUUGAUGGCAUCACUCUCUUGAACAACAAUCCUAAAGAAGCCAAGAGCUUGGAAGCUCUCUCCACUGAUCCUUCAUUGAGGAACAAGCAGGUCACCGAGAGGCUUUGGGAGACAGCAUCAGACCUCAUCCAGUCUACUGAAUUGGAACUCAGCUAUGGUGGUACUGAGGAAGAGGAAGGUGAAUCCAGGUCUAUCAGCGAUGAAGUUGAAGAAGGCCGUGGCAAGAAGAAGAAGGCUAUCAAGAAGAAACUGAAGGUCCUGAUCCCUCUCAUCCUCCUUGCCAAGGCUAAGGCCAUCGCCAUUGCUGUCGCCGCUCUGGUCAUCAUUGCCGCUUCUCUCUUCAAGCUCGCUUUGAUCGCCAAGAUUGCCUUCAUCAUCAAACUUAUUGCCAUCAUCAAGGCCUUGCUUGCCAAGAAGCACACUCAGGAAGAGUCUUGGGAUUCUCAUGGAUGGGAGCCCCAUGCUGAACACCAUCCCGCUGAGCAUGGCCACGGAUGGGAAAGUGGUUGGUCUCGCUCAAGGAAAGAAGCCAACAACUUGGCUUAUUCCGCCUACGCGAACUAAGUUUGUCACCAAAUAUUACGUCUGUAUUUAACAUUGUAUGAAUGUAUUUAAGUGUGUGUGUAGCAUUCUGUUCUUCGUUUUUUACGUCUUUUAAGUUACCAUUCAAUCCACCGUGUUUCUUUUCAGUCAUUUUAUAUUUGUUUGUUUUAUUAUUUAUUGUUUUAGUUUAAUCUGACUGAAAAGGAUUCUUUUCUUUUGUAGUUUAUGUGAUAGUAUUAUUAGUCUUUUUUUAUAAAUAUUUAUUUAAGUAUUAUCUAUACGGGUAUAUUUUGUACGUAUUUAUGUAUAUCUAUCUUUCUUUCUUUUAUUAUUGUUAGUGUUUAUUAUAGUACUUAGUAGUCUUUAUUUAUGAAUAUUCUACCAAAAAGAGGCUAAACUGUAUAUAUUUGUGUAUAUAAUUUGUUAUGUUAUGUAUAUUGCUAUAUGUAUAUUUAUGUAAAGUACCUGCAUAAUGCUCAUUAUGUUAUUGAUGUAUAUUACUUUAAAUAUGAUCUCUUAUGUAUUUAUUAUAUUUUCAAUCUUGUUUAUAUUUCUGGUAUCGUGUAUCACGAGAUAACGUGUUUUUCUUUUUUAUUCGAAUGGAUGAGUGUGAAAUUGUUAAUUUAUUUUUAUAUUUAUUGUUACAAUAAACCAAACAGCAAUUAUUUA